AUGGAUUUCUCAAUCACAAUGUCCGACUCCAAGGCCUCCAACCCCAUGCGGGAGCUCCGCAUCCAGAAGCUCGUCCUCAACAUCUCCGUUGGCGAGUCUGGUGAUCGUCUCACUCGUGCCGCCAAGGUGCUCGAGCAGCUGUCCGGUCAAACUCCCGUCUACUCCAAGGCCCGCUAUACCGUCCGUACUUUCGGUAUCCGAAGGAACGAAAAGAUUGCCGUCCACGUUACCGUCCGUGGCCCCAAGGCCGAGGAGAUCCUCGAGCGUGGUCUCAAGGUCAAGGAGUACGAGCUCCGCAAGCGCAACUUCUCAGAGUCCGGCAACUUCGGUUUCGGUAUCAGCGAGCACAUCGACUUGGGUAUCAAGUACGACCCUAGCAUCGGUAUCUACGGUAUGGACUUCUACGUCUGCAUGACCCGCCCCGGUGAGCGUGUCGCCAAGCGCAGGAGGUGCAAGAGCAAGAUCGGCCCAUCCCACCGCGUCAACCAGGCCGAGACCAUCAAGUGGUACAAGAACCGAUUCGAGGGAAUUGUUCGAUAA